CAUCUUUGAUGGUAAAAGGCGAUAUGUACUGUAACUACCUUUUGAUUUACAGAUGUAUAGACUAUUUUGUCAAACAUUUUUGUAGGUUUUUGCCAUUUGGGUCGGAACUUAACUCCACAGUAAAACAUGCGCCGUGUUUCCGGAACUGUUAGUUAGCAUUCAGAUACACGGAAUAUUUCGCAGAUGAACCGGCUCUACCCGCAAAUAUGUCCGCCUUCUCUCCUAUAGGUCAAUUUUCGUUACAUUGAUCGUUACAUUGUAAUACGUUUAUUUUCUUUUGCUUCAGAAGUAUGAUGCUUCGUGAAAAAAAAACUUUUGUGGUUGUGUGAGGGUGCUUUUUUCCUGUUUGUUUUGUUUUUUAAUCUCCGUGCAACAACAUUGCUGGAAAUAAAGUAAGAACUUAGCCACCUGCCUGUUUGUACUAACAUCAGAAAAGCUCGAAAUGUCGUUUAUGUGAGGUACAAAUCGAAGUAGUUUUUAGAUGAAAGGAUUCCCCAAUAAUUGUAAUAUUUAUUUUGUACCUGAUUAAUAAACCUGCCAAAUAUCUCGUGUAAUAAAACCUAACCCGAUUUACUAAAGUACUACACUAUCAUGUUUUAACUGUUAAACCCGUCAAUCACUUAUCUGUAUCUUCGUCCAAUUAAGAAAAGAAAAUAAUAAAAUAAUCCUAUAUUUCUCUCUUAAGAGGAAAUUUUUGAUAUUAGAAAGGCAUGGCAAAAGACCAGUUACAGCGUUACAAUCCUGUAAAAAGUUAGAAAUAAACUCACAAAAUUAUAUCAGUUCUGUACAAAAUAUAUGUUUGACAUAAAAUAUAAAAAUAUUUAUUUGCUCUUUUACAAAUAACUAACUUUCACAAACAUUUGUGAAAAUGCGUUUAGAACCCACGUGUGUCCCAAAGAUGUGUUUGUAACAUUGUAAUGAGUGUAGAAGGGAGCAAAUUGAAAAGAAAAAGGAUUAAAAACUGGACAGAUUUACAUUUGUGCACAUGUAUGGAGGCAGAUAAACCAAUCUCCUCUUUCUCUGAAUAGAUUAUUGUAUAACAUUAAUUUCACAAUAUUUUCAGUCUGUUUUAGUGGAUAUAUAUAUUCUACUCAAUUUGGACCCCACACUGCACAUGAAAUGGACAAUGACACACCAGAUGAGGUCUUUGCUGAACUCAGGUCCAGGGACAUCGGAGGUUGGGGUGUUGCUCAGAUAGGUCUUGGCACUGGACUGGCUGUAUAUGCUAUGUGGGUGGGAAUUCUUCAACCAGGCUUUCGUAAGGUCCCUUUGAGGCUUCAGGUCCCCUACAUUCCUGCCAGCAAAGCUCAAGUGCAAAAUGUGAUGACGUUGAUGAGAGAUCGAAGUGGGGCUCUUGUGGAUUUGGGAUCUGGUGAUGGCCGUAUUGUCUUGGAAGCCCAUAGGCAUGGUUUCAGACCUGCUGUUGGUUAUGAGCUCAACCCCUGGCUUGUUCACCUAGCCCGGUUUCACGCCUGGAGAGCAGGUCACCAUGGCACAGUGUCAUACCGACGAGAAGAUUUUUGGAAGGUUGACUUGUCAAAAUGUAAGAAUAUCACAGUGUUUUUGGCUCCCAGUGUGCUUUCAUUAUUGCAGGAAAAGUUGCAAGCUGAGCUUCCUGAUGAUGCCUUAGUGGUAGCUGGUCGUUUUCCCUUCCCUGACUGGAAACCCUGCAGGACUGAGGGACAUGGUGUGGACAGAGCUUGGGCAUAUAGCAUGCAUGCACAAAGACAGCAUGCCUUAAAGCAAAAUGAUAAGCCCUUAGCCACAAGGAGUGAUCCUGGCAAUUAACUUAUCAGUGAAAAUUAUCUUCUUGUAGUAACACGAAUGCUCUAUGUUGUUUGCCCUCCUAGAGUAAAUUGCUGCUUAUAAAAAGAAAAAGUUAUCGCUGAAGUAUUGGAGGUUUAACCCUACAUCCUCUCUCUUCAUAAAAACUGCACAUUUGAAAUGCAGAAAUGCACAUAUAUUAACAAAUGAAAUAGUUGACAAGACAAGCAAUAUCUCUGCAGUGAUGCAAAAGUCAAAGCGAAUGUAAGAAUAACUGCAUUUUUUAAUUUAGCAUUUUACACAAUGCCCUGACUUUAUUAUUUUAAGGUGCAGCUAGUUUUCUAAAGGGAGGAGGAUGUAUUGCUGAAAACUGAAAGUGGAGAGUCAAAGGAUACUAUGUCCAUUGUGUCUCGUAGCGUGAAUAUAAUAUUAUCUAUAAACCCCAAGUGGUUGGAAGUGUAUAAAAGGUGCAAAAGGAACAUCAGUUUAUUUAUUAUUGUUUUAACAUCUAUUCAAUAUUCUUAAUUAUGAACAAAGUGUUUUACUUAUUUUUAUUUAAAGUUGUUAUAGUACAACUUUUCGUGUAUGAAAUUGCUACGUACACAUGAUAUAAAUGUAUGCACUUAUCUUGAGCUGUAAAUUAUAGUUUAAACAUGUUUGUUCUCACGUGUAUAUAAAUAAAUGUCCCUUUCUAAUAAAGCAUGCAAA